UGCUUUAGAAUCUCAGAAAUAAACACCCGUCUGCGUGCGAACGUCGCACGUGUAUUGUAUCUCUUAAAGUCGAAGGCGAUUUAUUUCGACAAUCUUUGUCAAUCAGUCGAAGUCGUCAUUCAUAAUCAGAUCACUUUUUACCACAUUUCAGACCUUGAUUCCUAUACAUGUAUUUUAUUCAUUCGUCGGUUGCACUUGCUUCACUUAUGGAAUCCUUUUAAAAUUAAGUUAACGAAGCAUUUGAAUAAAAAUGUCUGAACAAGGUAGUAUAGGAAGAGGAAGAAUUGCAGCUGGAGGUCGUGGAGCUCAGCUAUUGGCAGCAUUGGAAGCUAAUAGAAGGCCUGGGCAGCCUUCUGUUCCAGUUGAACCUCCAGCAGAUCCAACUCUGCCGUCAGCAGCAGCAGCACUUUCUGAUGUUUCUGCUGCAAAAGCUCCAGCUGGAAGGGGAUCGGCAAUGGUUCAACUCUUAGCAAGAAGACGUGUUAUGGGUUCUGCUGCUUCACCAGAAGUUGGUGCAUCUGCUUCGUCUGUUCAAUCCCCCACUCAAUCAUCUUCCAUAGUAUCCCCUUCAAUUUCAAACCCUUCCUCUCCAUCAGUAAUUUCACAGAUUUCUGUUGAAUCAGCAACCCAAGUAACCACCAUAGUGGGGAAUCUUAAUCCAGUUGGUAGAGGAAUCGUUGCCAGAAUGAGGAGUUUGGAAGUGAGUUCUACAACUGUGAAAGAAGCAGUAAAAUCUGUGGCACAAGAAAAGCCAAAGAUUCAGCCCAAAUCAGAAGAAGUGUAUCCAAAGCCUAUUUUGACGCAUCAGGAAAAUGCGCCAAUUGUCAAGAAAGGAGAAAUGGGUAAUAGGGUUGAUGUCGUUGCUAAUUAUGUUCGGGUGAACAUAGAUCCUGGCAAGGGAAUCUAUGAAUAUGAAGUCUCAUUUUUCCCAUCUUGCGACUCGAAACAAGUGCGUUUUCAGUUGUUGAACCAACAUCGAGAGACGUUAGGCCCAGCCAAAACAUUUGAUGGUGUUACUUUGUACCUGCCAUAUCAAUUUGAGAACACUGUUACAUCAUUUCAAAGUAUGCAUCCGGCAACAAACGAACCCGUUGAGGUUAAAUUGACGUUGAGACAGAAAAGGCGUGCUGCGGACAGCAUCCAUUUCUACAAUGUUCUUAUCAGGAAGAUUGCUCGCAUAUUGGGCAUGGUUCAGAUAAACCGAAACUAUUUUAAUCCGAGUUCGCCAAUUUUUAUGGCUGCUGAAAAACUGGAGGUCUGGCCUGGCUAUGUAACUGCCAUCAACGAAUUUGAAGAUGGACUAAUGUUGUGCUGCGAUGUUUCAUUCCGAGUACUGCGCACAACUACUGUUCGCGAUGAGCUCGUGGAAAUGAGUAAGAAAGGCGGAUAUUUCCAUCAGACGGCUCAAGAUGUUCUCAUUGGACUCUCGGUGCUUACGCGUUACAAUAACAAAAUGUACCGCAUCGAUGAGAUCCUUUUCGAUAAAAAUCCUUUAUCGAUUUUUGACUGUCAGGGCGAACCAAUGUCAUAUGUAGACUACUACAAGAAGCAGUAUAACAUUGAUAUUCAAGACAAGGGCCAACCAAUGCUGCUAAAUAGAUUGAAGAAAAAGAUGCAAGGGAAAGAAGACGAAACUGUUCUUGUGUGUCUGGUGCCUGAGUUGUGCUUCCUAACGGGACUGGAUGAUCGUCUAAGAAGUAAUUUUACGAUUAUGAGAUCUCUUGCGACUCACACUAAAGUCGCGCCAAUGGCUAGAGUAAAGGCACUGACCGACUACAUCCAAUCCGUUAACAACAAUGAGAGAGCUAAAAGUGUUCUCUCGGAAUGGGGCCUUUCUUUAGCUCCUAUGCCGCUAUCCCUUGAGGGCCGAGUGAUCGAACCAGAAAAGAUUUUUCUGAGUAAAUCUAAUUUCACUACUAAUCCCCAAUGUGACUGGUCCCGUAAUCUGGGCAACGACAUAUUAGUCGCGGUCAAAAUUGAAACAUGGAUUUUGGUAUACACGGAUCGAAAUCUGAAUAAUGCUAAUGAUUUUAGCAAGACUUUAAUGGAAGUUGGAUCGAAGAUGGGUAUUCGCAUAAAACCACCUAAAAUGGUGGGUUUGCCCAAUGACCGCACAGAUACGUACGUUAAUCGUAUCAGGGAUGAAAUCAAUUCUUCGCUUCAGUUGGUGGUUGCUAUUUUUCCUACUUCGCGGGAUGAUCGUUACGCUGCCGUCAAAACUCUAUGCACUGCUCAAUAUGCCAUUCCAUCUCAAAUGAUGAACAGCAAAACGAUCUCAAAUCCGUCCAAGCUUCGAUCUAUUGUUCAGAAAAUCGCUCUUCAGAUAAACUGCAAAAUGGGAGGUGAACUUUGGGCUGUUAGCAUUCCCACCAAGACUUUGAUGGUCUGUGGAGUGGACGUUUACCAUGACCCAACGAAACGUGGACAGUCUGUGGUAGGUUUCGUUGCUUCAGUGAACCCCGGACUGACACGAUGGUUCAGCCGUGCCAAAUAUCAAGGACCUGGAGUUGAGUUGGUUGACACAUUGAAGAUUUGUUUCCUCGAGUCGUUGAAAAAGUAUUAUGAGCUCAAUCAAGAUUACCCAAAACAAAUUGUUUUGUUUCGUGACGGAGUUGGAGAUGGACAGCUGCAAUUUGCUGCCGCACAUGAAGCCGCGCAGUUUUUGUCAGCAUUCCAAGCAUUGUCUCCUCCAUUUGAACCAAAGUUUACUAUGGUGGUGGUGCAAAAGAGGAUCAAUACUCGCUUGUUUCAUAACUCGAGAGGUGCAAUAAACAAUCCUCCACCAGGGACUGUUGUCGACCACACAGUGACCCGUCGAGAUUGGUGGGAUUUUUUCCUCGUUUCGCAAUUUGUCACCCAGGGCACAGUUUCGCCCACUCAUUUUAUUGUCGUGCACGAUGGCGGAAUGAAGCCGGAUAAUUUGCAAAAGUUGGCCUACAAAAUGACUCACAUGUAUUACAAUUGGCCGGGAACUAUUCGCGUUCCAGCUCCUUGUCAGUACGCUCACAAAUUGGCCUAUUUGGUUGGCGAGAGCAUUCGCAAGGAACCCCAACUAGAAUUGUCCAAUCGUCUCUACUUUCUGUAAAAAACAGAAGUCUUCAGUUUUGGAUCUGGUGAAAUACCAAAUUUUCUUAAAGAAGAUAUGAAACACCGUAUUAUUAGGUGGUUGCUUUUCAACUCAGGAAUAUUGAUUUCUUAUGUUUGCUUUUUUAAUUCCACUUUUGAGUCACGUUCGUGAUUUAAUCUCAUAUAACAAGGAAGAGGUGUUCGUUUCAUCUCAAGUGAUAUUUUUUUCCAGCGUAUUUAUAAAAAAAACGCUCUGUACAUCUAAUCAAGUAAAUAAACUUAUCUUUUUCAAACCU